AUGAAAUCGAAGGAGGUACUUGUGCCGUGUUGCAAUCGAAUCAAUAUCAAGGGUAGGAACCCUUGGGUACUACACCUUGAUGAUUUGUCACAUGCAGCAGACCUCUAUUACCCGAAUUUAGAGGAUCGAAAUUUUGAAACAAAUAUUGAGGCAUUUCAAACCAAAGUGCAGGAAUCUGAAGGGAACCAACAUACCAAAUGGCCAGGGCUAGUACCGAAAUUUGUAGAAAUACACAAUUUAACACCCCAUUCAAGUACAGGCUAUCCACCGGUAGAGAUAUUGAAGGGAUUUAGUGAGACACCGAAUGAAUGGCUCAUGCCUUUGCCGAGACUAACAGUCAAGGCAGAAACAAGGGAGGAAAAGAUGAAAAAGAUAUGGAACAGACUAACCAGCUGUGCGGCAAAGAGGAAAAGGAAGUACGACCGAGGUGUAACUAACGAACAGAAAUAUAAUGUAGGGGAUCUAGUACUUAUUCGUAACCACGCUAAAUCCUCAGCCACCUUAAAACAGAAUAAAGAAACGAAACUAAAGAAUAAUAACAGGAAAUGGUCGGAAGAGCGGAGGAGGAACCACUCGAAAAAGAUGAGGAAAUAUUGGGAAGAGAGAAAAAAAGAUCAAAAAGCCGG